CCCGAUGCGGAACAGUAUGUGGUGCAGCACAUGGACUCAUGGUUUGAAAAUAAGGAGAAUAAGGAGAAUAAGGACCUGUUUUACAUACAAAUGGAAUACUGUUUAAUGGAUUUGAAAACAUUUCUCAGCAAAAGGUAUAAGAUAUUCCGUGCCGGACAGGAUUGGCAACCAAUGCCGGAACUGGAGUUUUUUGUAUGCUGUCAACUCUAUUUGAGACUGGUCAAUUGUCUCAAAUAUAUCCACGGCAAUAUCCAUGGCAAUAUCCACGGCAAUGUUUUAGCCGACUUUGAUUUGUCCAUUACUGUUAAUCGUGAGAAUAACAACAGGGAAAAAUAUUGUCACUACGAUAUCAUGAAAUUGAGUUACAGUUUGACCGAAUUGUUUGAUUUCAAUAAUCGCAAUCACGAGACGGGUGUCAGUGAACCAACACUUGUCAAAGAAUUGAGUUAUAAAAAUAUUUGUCAAAUAUAUCGCGGAUUAAGUCAUAUGUUCGCCAGGAAUGAGAAAAAUGAGAUUUUCUGCUGGGGUUACAACACGUGCGGACAGUUAGGCAUUGGAUCCCACGAUAAAUAUACCAUACAUUCCGCGCAAUUGAAUACUUAUUUGAGCGACAAAUCCAUUGUUAACAUCAGUUGUGGUCUGAACCACACAUUAGGACUGACCUCAACGGGCGAAGUGUACGCCUGGGGUGACAACAGCUACGAUCAGAUGGGACGGGAGAGUGGUGUCCGGUUCCACGUGAAGCCAACCAAGAUCAGUUCAUAUGGUUUACGUAAACAUCGCUACGAUUUCGGCAUUUCUGAAGUGGUCGACAGUAAACGCAUUGAACACAUCGCACCCGAAGUGCUCCAUAACCAGUACUACGACGAGAGGUGUGAUGUCUAUAGUCUGGGAAUUAUUGCCACAAAAUUAUUUUCUACUAAUAAUGAUGAGUAA